AUGUGGGUGCCCCAAGCUCUCUGCCCAGGACAUUCUGGCGGGAGCCGAGCGGUGCCCCACCCCCGCAUCUGGUGGAACAUCCCUGCUGACUGCACAGCUGCCAUUUCCACCUUCUCCAGGCUGUGCCUGGGGCAGCUCCAGGCCCACGAGCGGGAGCGGCAGGCCCCAACACUGAGCCCCAAUUCUGAGGAUGCUGACAGGAGCGCUGGCAGGACUGAACUGCUGGAGAUCACCUCCGGCUACUCUGAGCCUGUGGUCGGCUGUUUACGGAGCUCGUCAGAGCAGCUGCCCUAG